GUGCUCCGGAUCAAUGGCCAAGGCUCGACGCACAUUCGCGCGCGGACGAACUCUCGGAAGGACUCCCGAGACCCUCCCGAGAGUUCGUCCGCGCAAGGCUUACAAACACCGCGCUUAUAGCGAUGAUGGCGAUGACCACGGUACGAGGGUGAUAUAAACCUCCCAUAUGCUCUUCAGAGCUUCAGUACGAUCAGCGAUGACCAUAUAGCUGCGAUAGCGAUAUGCCAAGAAAUCAAGCUCGAUCAAGUCGCGAUGGGUCGGAUAUUUAGUGAUCCCUCGGAUGUCGCGCAGGAAGAGAUCGUCUGGCCUAUAGAAUCCUUCAAGCUCUUACCGGAACUGGGCUUGGUGGUGGUCAUUUCGCUAUGCCAGCUACUCACGCAGGCUGCACUCGGCAUGUCACUCGCUCCGCUCCUGAUCCUCGGACGGCAUUUCGGUAUCGAUCACGAGCCAGGCCAAAUGAGUUGGUCUCCAGCAGCGUAUAGCCUGACCGUCGGGACGUUCAUCCUGGUAGCAGGUCGUAUCGGCGACUUGUAUGGUCAUAGACGAGCUGUUCUGGUCGGAUGGUUCUGGUUCGGGAUAUGUGGAUUAGCAGCCGGCUUCACGGUGUAUGCGAAAAAUCACGGCCACAUCUACUUCGAUGUACUCCGUGCCCUACAAGGCAUCGGUCCAGCGAUCCUCUUGCCCAACGGCGUGGCUCUCCUAGGACGAUUUUAUCCUCCCGGCAGACGCAAGGAUAUGGCUUUCAGCUUCUUUGGAUUGACGGCGCCGCUCGGAUUCAUGCUGGGCGCGACCUUUUCGUCUCUGAUCGGUCAACUGUCCUGGUGGCCAUGGAUCUAUUGGGUCCAUGCGAUCGUGUGUUUCAUAGCCGCGGCUCUGAGCUGGAUCACGAUACCAUCCACCAUCGACGAAGACAACCCUUUACGUCGGGAAAAGGGAGCUCUGGACGUACCGGGUUGUUUGACCGGAGUCUCUGGUUUGAUCUUGAUCAAUUUCGCCUGGAACCAGGGAGCGGUAGUCGGUUGGGAGACCGUCUACGUCUACUUAAUGCUACUGUUGGGGAUCUUAGCCAUGAGCGCUUUCUUUUGGGUUGAGAAGAAAGCGACCUACCCUUUGGUACCUUUGAAGGAUCUCAGUCGAGAGAUCAUCUUGAUAUUGGUGGCCGUAGGCGCGGGAUGGAGCUCUUUCGGUAUCUGGAUCUAUUAUCUGUGGCAGUCCUGGUUGGUGCUGCGUGGCGAUUCGCCCUUGAAGGCGACAGCUCAAUUCUCGCCGAUUUGCCUAUCCGGUAUCAUCGCCGCCCUGCUCGCCGGCUACUUGAUGUCAAGAGUUCAGCCCGGAUACAUCCUCCUCGGAUCGAUGGUCGCGUUUGGCGCUUCGAACGUCAUCGCGGCGGUGACGCCACCCGACUUGACGUACUGGGCCGCCUCGUUCAUCGGCGUCCUGAUAGCUCCAUUCGGGAUGGACUGCUCCUUUCCCGCAGCUAACCUCGCUGCGUCAGACUUCAUGUCACGGGACAAGCAAGGAGUCGGGGCGUCUCUCGUCAAUACGAUGAUCAACUACAGCAUAUCGAUCGGUCUAGGAAUCGGCAGCUUGGUGGAAACGCACAUCAGCCACAAUCGAUCUCUUCUCGAUGGGUACCGAGGAGCUCAUUACGUCGGCAUCGGGUUAGCUGGCUUGGGGAUGCUGGCGAGUCUAGUCUUGGUGCGAAAGGUUGACCGGCUGUCUUAACGAUUGUAAACUCGACUGAACCUGUACCGAGCAUUCCACUUCGGAUGGAAACAAAUCCAAAGCCGCACCAGGCCGAGCAUCAGUAGGCAUCGAGGGCUUCAUCUCGUACCCGCCUGACUGCGUAGCAAAUGCCCAAUCAUGCAUGAGAGGGCAUCACCUUACUCCACG